CCAGUUGGCUAUCUGCGCUCCGUGUCAGCAGAGCAUACGAAUCCGGAACGGGUUUCGCCUGCGUUCAGUAACCCCAGACCCUUGAAAGCGUUUAGCUGGGGACUAAUAAACAGAUUUUGAGAACCUGCUGGCGAUUAAACGCCUCCAUAAAUGUGGGAUUCCUCAGAUAUGCGCUUAUCACAGCACUGCGAACGCCGCUAAAUUUUGGACCGCUGAAGGCUGAUAACGGCAGCAUGGAUUUCGAGGAGAUUCUGGCCAAGUGCGGCAACAACAGUCGUUAUCAGUUCGUGCUGCUGGCGCUUUAUGGCUACCUGAUGGUCGUCAUAUCCAUGCACUAUUUCUCGCAAAACGUCAUCAGUUUUGUGCCCGAUCAUUGGUGCUAUCACGAGCAGCUGGAGAACCGCACUUUCGCUGAAAUCGAGGAGAUAUAUUCGCAGUUCGAAAAGCCCUCGUGCACGAGACUGGAGAAGAUUGAUGAGCAUGGACAGAAUCACACGCUCAGUACGGAGCGCUGCAAUCGGUGGAUCUAUAAGUACGACUUUGGGUAUAAAAGUAUGAAUACAGAGCUAAACUGGGUCUGCGAUGAGGCAUAUAAAGCACGAGUGGGUCAGUCGCUUUUCUUUGUGGGCUCGGUAUGCGGUACUUUGGCUUUCGGCCUACUUGGUGAUCGACUAGGACGCAUAAAGGCCUUGAUUUUGGCCAACUGGUGUGGCUUCUUGGGCGAUUUCUCAACGAUAUUCGCCGACAGCCUAACUUCGUUCUCGAUUAGCCGUUUUAUAUCCGGAUUGGCGGCCGAUGCCAACUCCUAUCUCAUGUACAUACUGAUUCUUGAAUACGUUUCACCCUCAUUGAGGAAUGUCGGCCUUAAUACAGUCUUGGGCAGUUUUUACUGUCUUGGUCUGAUCGGAGCCUGCUGGCUAGCCGUUUGGGUGGGCCACUGGCGCAUCUUCCUGGCUUGCUCCUCGGUUCCUCUGCUGCUGGUUACCCUGUUCUACUUCCUCGUCCAGGAGAGCGCGCAGUGGCUGGUCACGCGAAACGAUGUUGAUGGAGCCAUUCGGCGAUUGCAGCGCGUGGCCAGGAUCAAUCGCCGCCAGGUGGCCGACGAGGACUUUAAGGACUUUCGCAGCUACUGUGAGCAGCACUAUCGCAAGGAUAACGACAGGGAGGAGCACGCAAAGUUGCUGGACAUGCUGAAAACGCCGCGCAUGCGCAGCACAGCACUCAAGCUGCUUCUCAUUUUCAUAAUCAUCGUGCCCUGCUACAACGUCAUCGCCCGCAAUGUAGAAGGUCUGGGCAUUUCGCCCUUCAUCAUGUUCUCCCUGAACGCGCUGACCCUGCCGCCCUCGGGUUAUCUACAGGGUCUGCUCCAGGAUCGGAUGGGACGCAAGGCCACCUCGGUGGGUUGGAUGGUCAUAACUGGAGUACUUGCGGUCGCUGCUGGUCUGGUGAUAUCGCAAGGAAGCAAUCAAAAUGUAGUGCUGCUGGUGGGUCUAACUAUGGCGGCCAGAUUUGGGGUCUCCACUGCCGAUGGUGCCUGUUCCCAGUUCUCCACGGAACUAAUCCCCACCAGCGUGCGGGGAAGCGGCGUGGCAGUGGUGCACGUGGCUGGAUUUGCCGCCUCCUUCCUCUCUCCGUAUAUCCUUCACCUGGGCACCUACUUCAGGCCAGCUCCCUCGAUUAUUUUGGCCCUACUCUUUCUAUCCGGAGCUUAUGUGUGCCUGCUGCUGCCAGAGACUCGCAAUAAAAAACUUCCAAUGUCCUUGGCCGAAGGAGAGGAGUUCGGGCGGGGAGAGGGCAUAUUUGAUUUCCUCAGUCAAAUGCUUAAGAGGAAAGGCAGUAAAUCAGAGGUUGAAAUGGGUCCCACGAUUGUGGAGGAGGACACUCUGAUCAAUAAACCUGCUUAGCAGUAAAUGCUGUCGUUGAAUAAAAUAUAAGUAAUUCGAAAACAUAUCUGAUU